CAGAAGCAUCAAUGGAUUCUGACCAGUUAAGCUCUGGAAUUUCAGAUUUUGAUACUCACUUUCAAGGCCUCAUAGUUCAGAAAAGUCAACUUUCAAAUGUGAAGAGCGUAGAAAGAAGUUCUAGGCCAUUUGUAAUGCGUGUUCUCGAUGAUGAGGUGGAUGACAUUGACAAUGCAUAUGAGGAAGCUCAAGAUAGAAGCUCCCUUUCUGCUAAUAGGUUUAAUUUUAACGACCUUUAUGUUAGUGAUGAUGACGACUCUGAGAAUGAGUCAGCACUUGAAAUUCAGCCAUACUUGAUGGAAGAAACAGGAUUGGUGGAAGGAGGUUUGAUGGAGCUAACCAGUGAACAUCAGCUUGGGGUCAAGGAGGAGAUUAGGAACAAUUUUUUUACAAUGGAGUCAGAUCUGAUGAGUGAAAAUGAAAAGGUUUCUUCUUCAUUUCUUUGAGUUAAUAAGUAUGGAGAAGCAAGGCGUGAAAAUGAGAGAAAGCUUGAUACCCAAUAUCAACGAAAAAUUGCCGAAGCACUUGAUAAUCACUUGACUGCUAUCCAAAGGGACCAUGAACUCAGGUCCCAGAUAGAAGAAAGGAAAAUAAGAAGUGAUGCGGCUUAUGAAGGGGCCAAAAGAAAAGAGAAAGCUCUCCUGGAAGAAAAACUUCGCCAAGAAAAAGCCAAAGCAGAAGCUGAGGCAAAACUCAGAGCUGAAGAAGAAAAUAGGGCUGCAAUGGAAGCUCAGAGAAGAGAAGCAAAAGAGGCUGCUGAAAGGGAGGCCAAUGAAGCGUCAAGCCAGGCUGCUGUUCAGAAGGAAGCUUUAGGAUUGCAAACUAAAGCCAAAACCAAGGAAUCUAAAUUUGAAAAACCAAUAAAUUCAGCAUCAGCAGGUGUGUAGAUGUGACUGGAGCUUACAGUGCUCUAAAGACGGAGCUUAACAUAAGCUUGACAACAAUAGGCCUUUUGUGGACUACAACUGACUUUAUUGCAAAGGGGAUUACACAUGGACCUGUGGAAGAAAG